AUGCCGGCCAAGGACCGUGACGUCGACGCCUCUGCCGAAGACGACCGUCCCCGCGAGAAGCCGCGACGCCCCAAGUCUGAACGGAAGCCCGACCGUGACCGAGAGCGGGACAAGGACAAGGAUAAGGACAAGGAGCGCGAGCGCCGCCAUCGCUCCUCAAAGUCGUCCCGCAGCAAGGUCGGCGGUGAGGAUGGCGACGCGGGCUCGCUCGUGUCCUCCUCCUCCAAGCGCCCCCGGAAGCGAGAAAAGGACAGAGACAGGACCCGUGAAGAUGGCGAUGACAGGUCCUCGCUACGAACAAAGUCACUCAGCGACGUGGGUGGCCGCGGCGCCGCCUCGUCACUGCUAACCGCCUCGCUCGUCGAUGGUGGCAAACGGGUGACCCUGCCUUACCCCUCAUUCAGCAAAGCACACAGCAAGGAGGCCGUCGUCAGCAGAGAUAACCUGUCGUCGCCCUCCCGAGACUCGCGUAUUCCUACACCAGAGCCGACCGAUGCGGGCGACGACCAUCGCCGACGCAAGUCCGAGGAUGUGAGCCGCACCGGUUCAGGGUCCAAGAAAUCAUCCAGACCGCCUACUCCCCCCGAGACAGAUGUAUCCGCCGACAAACGCAAGUCAUCAGAAUCAAAGAGGAGUCCGGGCCAUAGCAGAGACCGGGAUAGGACAAAGGACAAGCCCACCGCUUCGACGGUUUCCAGGUCCGCGUCGAGGCAUGGAGAAGGGUCGAGGAUUAGUCGCCGCUCCGUCUCUUCCAGCCAAGCAACAUACGUCAAGCCUGCAAACCACAAAUCACAUGAAAAGCUCAGAACCUCUGAAUCAAGACUGUCAAGCUCCUCAUCCCGCCACUCGCCGCGCCGAUCGGACUCGACACGAAGUGUCCGACGGUCUGAGGGUCGCGAUGGUCACUCCUCGCCAUCCAGUGUACAGAAUUCGUCUCCCAGGACGCCUACGCAGGGCCCCCAAUUCACGUCACCGUUUUAUGACCAAAAUGGUGCUGAGAGGCUAGACUCGACUAUUCCCUCAAAGACGGCCACGCCAGCACAAGCUCCUCCACCGCCUCCACCACCCCCGCCUCCUAUGGAUAUCUACGAUAUGCCGCGCGUCGACUAUCUACUACAAAACGGCGGACUCUCGUGCCCAGUAUCACGGCACUUUUUGUCUGUGCUGCCCCUUCAAAAUGGCGCGCGUGGCUCACGCACGCCACUCUCAGGGACCGAUACACUAUUUGCGCCCUUCUUCAACCUGCUUGAUCAGUACAGCACAGUCAUAGACAAGCAAGGAUCCAUCGCCGUUGCUACCGGACAUCGCUCCGUUGCGAGACGACUGCUUGACCGCCUCGAGAACAUCUUCUCGCGCGACCUGCCACCUCAUGGAUGCGCAUGCAUCAUGUGCGACCGAUCCAACGACAUACAUCGCGGGCUAACCUGGGGCGACGUAUUGGAGUGGGUAAGCGGUCGUAUCGCAUUACCCCAGUGGCCUCCCUUUGAUCUCGCCGAGAUAGGGAGCAAGGCUGCUGAAAUAUCAGCAGAAGAGCCGCAGAGGCCUUCAUCGCCGAUCAAACUGGAUCCUGAUAUUGCGGAAGAGUUCCGAGAGCACUAUCUUCGCCAAACGAAAAAGGUCAGGUCGGCCGUUGACAAAUGGCUGCACAGCACAGCAGAGACACCGACCCCGCCACCCCAGGAAGUGGACGAUGAAACCCUUGCGUUUGCCAUCCUGACCAAUUUGGACGAUGAUGAUCGCCCAUACUUUAACGCUUUAUUGUCUGGGGCUCGCGAGCUUAAGCCGGCCACGAGAGCACCAACACCCAUGCUCCGCCAACGAAAUGACUUUGUGGUCAAGACCGGUCUUUCGCUCCAGCGCCUGUAUCGACUGCAGCAGGCUCCACGUGAUGCCGAAAGUGUCACCUUUUUGAUCAAGAAUCCGCAUACACACGAUCUGCUUGUAACCCUUUCCAACAUUAAUAACUCGGAAUGGGAGAUUCUUACCUCUGGCCGAUUCGAUGGGUUCUUGUGGUCCGGGGCUGACGUUGAUGACCAAAUCACAACCCCGGGCCUGGAGUCCAGAUCCCAGACACCAGCACACGGGUACUUUGCUAGCCGCAGCACGAUGAGCCCCGGCCCGCGCAGCUCCUCCGCCAUGAGCUCACGUGGACCAACUCCGUUCUCGCGCGGGACCACCCCUGCGUCUUUCAUCAGUACUAGCUCAGUUGGGCCGGGCGGUCGACAAGCAGUAUCCAACGACGAAGAGAUGGAGAUGGCGGCCAUUGCGGAAAUGGAGCGCGAGAUUUACCAAGGCAUGGAAAGUUUGGAAGACGCUUUUGAGAAGCUUCAUCAUCAGGCCGAGGUGGUGCGCACAGCUUUGCGACAGCGCGGUGCUGGCCUGAUGCAGAGUCUGCAAAGCCGACGAAGAGUGGACGUCCUGCCUGCGCAGACCCCGACGCCUGGCGCAGGACAGGAGCGGGCGUCGUGGGCACCAAGUAGCGAAGGAGAGGCCGCUAGCGAUGACGAAUGGUUCGAGGAGUACGACAUUAUGCCAGAUGACUCGGCAAGCAAUAUUAGCAGCUCCCGACAUCGCCGACCCAAGAGGCGAACCGAGCGACGGACGCCGGCGCCGAUUGAGGAGGACGAGGAAGAGUAG